UUUUGUAUACCUAUGAGCAAAUUUAUUUGCAUAUAAAAAUACAGUUUCAACUCAAGGUCUUCAACCUUCUUUAUGGCACCUCAUUGUUCUAAAACAAUGCUAAAAAAAUAACUGUUAAAACAAAAUUUUCAAACGUCACUAAACUGUCACUUUUGAUAUAACCAAAUUUUGUAAAAAAAACCCUAAAAAUUGCAAAAUGAGUGCUCCUUUCUAUAGUUUCGAUCCGUGCGUGUGCUCAGGCGCGCCGUGCGGUGCGUGCUACCCGUACUCGACAAAACCGUGCGUGCAUUCACGGAACGAUCUCCGGCCGUGCUCCGUGUGCCCGGGUGGCGGGUGCUCGCCGUGCCCGGCGCCCGUGCGGCCUUGUCCGGCGCCGUGCCCGCCGUGUCCUGUACUGCCGUGUUUGCCAGAAUGCCCGCCGUGUGACAAGGUGUACCCGCCUGUUCCUGUGCCGCCCAACAUCUGCCCGUCCGUUGCCAUCCCCUGCUGCCGACCCAACCGCUGCAAGCCGUGCCCUUGCUACUGCUGCCAGGGGCCCGGCUGCUGCAUACCGAAACGCUGCAGCUACCCUGGCGCGCCCGUCUGUUGCGGCUGCAAAGGACCAUGCAUGCCAAUCUGGUAGGAGGCAAUCUGUUUUUUCUCAAUCACAUUGUGAAGAUUUUGUGGGAAAAAUUGCUCCUGCUAUGGUAGUCAGGACCGUCUGUGGAGGAGUCCGUAUCUAAAGUAUUUUUAUAUUGUAAAGUAUUUUUGAUAAAAAAGUGUUGUAAAGAAACUGUGACGUGAUUUUAAUAAGAGUAAAAUGUUUCCCUAA